GAGGGAAAAAGGAGAAGCAGGAACAAGAAUGGCAGAAAAUGUCCUUUAUGCUGACCUGAACUUGUCUGAAUCAACCAGACCCAGAAUCCUGACAGUCCCUGAUGACCCAGGCUCAGGCUGUACCUAUGCAGAAGUGAAAGUGAAAGCCCAAGACACAAAUGCUGCAACAAACUGCAAAUCAUCAGGUAAAAGCCAUUGUUCCAGGAAACAUGUUGCCAUAUUGGUGGUGAUAAUCCUCAUACUGGUCCUGGCAGUGUAUUUAAUAAUCACAUAUGGUCGAACUGCAGGCAGCCAAAAGCGCUCAGAAACCUUAUCCUCCAACAAACAAGAGGAACAAGCAACAUUGUCCACUACCACUCAAAAGCACACAACAACAUUGUCCCCCACCAACCAAGAGCACGCAACAACACUGUCCUCCACCACCCUAAAGGACCCAACAAUAUUGUCCCCCACCAAGCAAGAGGACCCAACAACACUGUCCCACAUACCUGAAAGGCCACGAGGCUGCCCCACAGCAUGGAAUAAACAUGGCAGAAAAUGCUACUACUUUUCUCCAGAGAGGGAACCAAAGGACUGGGAUGCCUUCCGUGCAGAAUGCACUGCCAUGGGCUCAGACCUGGUGGUCAUUGACAGCAGGGAAGAGCUGAAAUUCCUGCACAACAAAUCAAAAGAUAAAUACUACUUACUUGGUCUCAGACGCUCUCCAGAGGAGCAGAAGUGGAAGUGGAUCAACCACGUGGAACAUGACCCAGCCAUGUUCAAUAUAAGUCGACCUUACUUUAACUAUCUCUGCACAGCCAUUGGAUAUGGUGAAGUACAUACUGCACCUUGUGCCGGAACCCGAACAACACAAAAUAUGUGUGAAAAAGCUGCAACAAUUUCCAACAGGCAUCUGUAGGAGAGCUAAAACCAUCAUGUGCAGGCUGAUCUGUUCUGCCCAGCUUCCUGUAGGAACCAUGCAUGGGAUGUGUCCCAUUUCCCUUGAGCUGCCCAGUCUCUGCUCCCAGGCUCUCCUGCAGCCUCUCUCCAGCCUCGGGGCUGAGCUCAGCCCAGCCUGUCCCUGCUGCUGCCUGAGCCUGGAUGGAUCCCCUCUGGAAGAGCUGGCCCUGGCACCCAGGAGCACUCUGGCACUGUCUCAUGCCAGGGGAGGCACUGCCAGGGGAGAGGAGUCCAGCCUGGGCACGGGGGUGAUCCCAAACACAUCCUGACUCAUCUGCAAGUCCCAUCAAGCCCCAGCCCUGUGAUCCCAGCCCUGCCUGGGCACAAGGAUAGCCUUCCCCACCUGGCCACAGCCUGGCCUUGCCUGCAGCCACAAGGGAAGGGCAGCACAGAUUUCUGCCUGGGAUCCUGCAGGGAAGGGCAGACCCCACUCCUUGCCAGGAUGGACAGGAUAAAGUCAGGUGGGGUGUGGAUAAACCUUCCCCUGUCCCAGACUGUUCCAAGAGCACACAGGAUCCCAGAGCCUGGGAGGGGAAUGGGAAUCAGCCCAAGGCAAAGGAUCCUACAGCAGCACAGCUCUGGGCAUAAAAUCAGCCCCAGUCCUGUGUGGGGAAUGAAAGGAAUGUCAGAUCUCAGAUCUGCUGGGGAAGGGCACAGGAUGGAGACCAGCAGAGCCCAGCAAGGCCUGAAGAACAGAGUCCCAAGAGAAGCUGAGCUGGACAGAAAACAGAACAAUGAAACCCAGAGUGAUCUGUGAAGGAGCUGGUGAGAAGCAUGGGAGUGACCCACAGGGAAU